CAAACGAGCUGUGGCACGUGAUUGACUUCUGAACGUAUGCAAUAAGUAUAACCUUACCGUUCUGCAGUCAUGAGUAUCGACAUUAAUAACUUUGCUGAUUUAAAACUCAACUCUUGGAUCGUUAAACAAUGUGACUCCAUUGGAUUGAAAAAGCCCACGCCAAUUCAAGUAAACUGUAUUCCACGUAUUUUGUCCGGUGAAGAUUGUAUCGGUUGUGCUAAGACUGGCAGUGGCAAGACUCUGGCAUUCGCUCUGCCCAUUCUACAAAAACUAUGCGAAGAUCCGUAUGGAAUAUUUGCACUGGUACUAACACCAACAAGGGAACUAGCUUUCCAGAUCGCAGAUCAAUUCGCAGUUAUUGGAAAAGCCAUCAACAUAAAGAAAUCUGUAAUCGUUGGUGGGAUGGACAUGAUGGUUCAAGGGAAAGAGUUGGCCAAGCAUCCUCAUAUAGUUGUUGCUACUCCAGGGCGGCUGGCUGACCACUUGGAAAGCUGUGACACAUUUAGUUUAAGAAAAAUCAAGUUUCUCGUACUCGAUGAAGCUGACCGAUUGCUUAGUGGGCACUUUGAUGAACAGAUUAGAACAAUUUUUCAAGCUCUACCAAAACAAAAGCAAUCCUUAUUUUUUAGCGCUACUAUUACCGAUGCUUUGGAUCAAGUCAGACAAGUUUCUCCAAACAAAAUCUACAUGUGGGAAUCAAAAGAUGAUUCUGGGGUGGCAACUGUGGAGCAAUUGAAACAACACUACGUACUGACUUCCAAUGAAUCUCGAGAUGCAUAUUUGGUCGAAGUAGUGAGAACUUUUCGAAACACGAAUGAGCAUGGAUCCAUUAUGAUUUUCACGGAUACUUGCAAAAAUUGUCAACUCCUUUGCAUGACAUUGAAUGAAGUUGGAUUUACUAAUGUCGCACUGCAUGCCAUGAUCAAACAGCGGGAGCGGUUAUCGGCACUGAGCAAAUUUAAAUCCAAUCUUGUAAAAAUAAUAAUCGCUACUGAUGUCGCAUCCAGGGGCCUGGAUAUCCCAACGGUAGAACUAGUAAUUAAUCACACGAUCCCAAAUAUUCCUAAGGAGUAUAUUCACAGAGUUGGGAGAACUGCGAGAGCUGGGAGAGGUGGAAUAGCCAUUAGUUUAGUAUCGCCAUACGAUAUUAAAUUGAUUCAUGCUAUAGAGGCGACUAUUGGGACUAAAUUAACCGAGUAUAAAAUUGACGAUAACGAAGUCGUGACAAUUUUCACCCAAAUUUCUGUGACGAAACGAGAAGCUGAAAUAAAAUUGGAUGAGACUGACUUUUAUGAAAGAAAGUUAAUAAAUGAAAGGAAGAAAAUGAUCCUCUCGGGGAAAGAUCCUGAUGAAGAGGAGAAAAAGUUUGCCAGGAAGUUAAAGAAACACCGAAGAUUGCUGAAAAAGACGAAUCUAGACACAAGAGAGAACAGCUGGAUCGGAUGAUAAUACCAACCUCCACUCCCAGAGAAUCCCAAGAGUCCCUUACCCUUUGGUUACACUUGAGAGCACCUACAGGAUCGGUCUUACUGAUUAUAAACAAGGCUGGAGAACGCACCAAGUUUGUAUGGAAUAACUGGCUCGACCUAAUGUAGUACUGAGUCGCCUGUUUGUGAAAAGUUGCCAUGUGGUACCUAAAAAAAAUUCAUUUCUACACGUUAGUAAUGACUAGCUUUAUAAAUUUAGCAGCAAAAAAUUUUCAUUCGCAAACUGCACCUCAGAAUUGUCAGCAAAGUGUAUAAAUUAUAAAUUUAAAGAAUAGGAACGUACUCUAAAUAUUUUUUCAGAGCUGCUUGGAGCAUGGCAUUGUUGGGGAAGACAGCAAGUGGUGUUCCAAUUGAUAUUUCACUAACAUCAGCCGCACUGUCCCAAAUUUGUCCGGUAAUACGAUCGAUAAUAGGAUCAUAUCUCUUUCUGUCGGUAUGUAUCAUGUCCAAGACCUCACCCCACAUAUACCCGCCAACGGAAAAUCCGUGCAGAAGAAUUUGCUGGUAGUUUUUAUUCUGUUCUAAAAAUGCGAGUAGAUCCGCUGCAACCAACUGGAGAAAGAAAAAUCGUCACUGUUUUUAAAACCUUUGAAUAGGACUAUGAUUUGUUUUUUUCUCAAUCUGACUAUUGUAUAAUUAAGAAUUACAUUUCGUAUGAUUUUAUGAUUUAGACUUACACGAGAGCCCUUUGCAGGCCAAAUAAGUUGCCAUGGACUGAUCGACACUGUUAUUACGUCAAAUCCCUGUUCCAUGUAGAAGUCUAUGAAUUUUUUUAUGUGCCUCUUUUUGGACAAAAGCCAUGAUAAGAUGACAAGUAAAGGACGAUCUUUUGGCACAUUCAAUUGGAACUUGUUACCAUGAGUCACAAGGUCGUCAUCCUGUGACGUUAGCUCAAUUCCUUUUGUUACAUGAUGUGUGGAUAUGAAAUUGCAGUAAUCCACCUCUAGCCUGAAGGUGAAUCUGAGUUCUACCGAGAACUGAAAGAGCAACCCUAAGCGCCGUCAUUGUCCUUGAGAAAUUUGGUCACCCAAAUUAGUGGAAAAAAUGUCCAGGCAAUUGACAUAUACUUAUCCAGAGGUACCUGAAAAUUUCAAGUAAAGGAUGUCAUUUUACUCACGAACCUUGAAGCGUUCUACCUACGUAAGCGACUACACGGAAACUCAACUUCGAUGUAAUCCAACGAAUUCGACGACGGGAAAGUUUGCCUCGCAGUAAAGAACAGUAGUGUCAGCUCAGCCCGAUGUAUACCUCAUUAUUACACCGUACAUGCGGUCAUCGUUUAUGCGUUCGUGUGUGUGUGUAAUAGAAUAUUGCGAUUAAUGUCAAUUCAGGACGCACUCGUUCUUCAACACGCUUCAAAUACGUUAAGUCAAUACCUUUCAAACUUGAACUAAACAACGCCAGCGUGUACACACAUCUACGUCUACUAUGGAGCACAACGAUGGUCUAGCUGUUGCGCUUGUGCAUUGCGCACGCAAUACGUGUCUAUUCAAAGGCAGAUUGCUUAGAAAU